UGGUCUGGGCUGCGUCGGUGUUGGUGUCGGUAUCCGUGGAGAUGUUCCCGUCCCCGGCAGGCGCCAGGCCGCGGGCUUGCGAAGCCAGCGCCUCGGAACGCAGGAAAUGGGUGGAAGUAUUUAAAGCGUGUGAUGAAGACAACAAAGGCUACUUAAGCCGAGAGGACUUUAAGGUUGCCAUUGUAAUGCUGUUUGGAUACAAACCUUCCAAGAUAGAAGCGGAUUCUAUGAUGUCUGCAGUAAAUCCCAACACUUCUGGUAUAUCACUUGAGGGGUUUUUAAAUGCCGUAAAGAGAAAGAAGGAGGCGCAGCUCUAUCGCAAUGAGAUAAGGCACAUCUUCACAGCUUUCGACGUGCACUAUCGUGGAUUUUUAACUCUAGAAGAUUUCAAAAGGGCAUUCAGUCGAGUGGCUCCCAAGCUACCUGCCAGGACAGUGCUGGAGGUGUUCAGGGAAGCAGAUCGAGAUUCAGACGGUCACGUCAGCUUCCGAGACUUUGAGUAUGCCAUGAACUAUGGACAGGCAAAAUGAAGCCGGAUGCUUGUGGAUGGACCACUUUUGGCAAUUCUGGACAGAUCAGUGAAUUGUAAUCUACUUGAAGGCCACACAGAUCUCACUCUUUUGUGGUACUGUGUACUUGUGAGUAAACUCUUAAUUACAGUUUUUGGAUGCUGAUAUUGGACCUAGAGGUAGGACUCUCCUUCCAUGUCACUCAGAGCCCUGAGUCAGGCUGCUGUUGCUGGCCCUGCCACCCAGUGGUUUUUGUUUUUUCUUUCCUUUCCUGUCAGCUCUGCAUUCCUCAUACUGUGAACUGGAGUCUCUGCUCAUUCUGCUCCUCACGUGCUUGGGUCCCUAGCUCUUACCAGCUCUGGGGAGGGGUAGCUUUGUUCUGUGCUAUCAUCGUCCAUCAUUUGCUCAACUGUGGUUGAAUGUCAAGCUUACUAUGGUCCACACAAUGAGCAAAUGCUAGGGAACAAAGACUUCUCUUAUAUAAAGACUCUGGAGUGCAAAUCAGUGGCAGGGCACUGGCUGUAUAAAACAUAGAAAGCAGCUCAGGCCAGCCAGCCAGCCAGCCAUUCUUUAUACAGAGAAAACCAGAAUGCAGUUGGGGUCUUAAUGGACAAAAGGGUGUGAUUUUGUGUCCCUUAGGAUAGCCUGGACCUAGGCUUCUUACUUUGGAGAAGCUAGCCUGAGCUGGCCAGCAGCCCUCUGCUGCGUGCUUCUGAUUCUAGGUAGUUUUGCUAUAGACCUAAAGUUUAAGCCAUCCCAAAGUGUUAGGAGUCUUAAUACCCCACUGCUCCCCUAGACUCCAGUGACUACUUUCCUGGAGCAAAUUGAGACACUCAACGUGUAACGUAACAUCUAUUAAAAAUAAUUCUGAAAUACUGAAAAUAAUUCUGAAAUACUGAUAUUGUCAUUGUAAGUGUUCAGAUUUCACAACAUUAACAUUUGUAAAAAAAAAAUGUAAUUUGUUUUUAAAGUGUUGAACAUUAAAAGAUCAAGUAAGAAUGUAAAUUGUGUAGCCAACAUUAAAGAAGCUUCCUGCUCGUAUAUGUUAUUAUCAGAUAGCCUUAAGAAAAAUGAAGUUUUUAACUAAUAAACCAGAGUGAUC